UUGCAGCGUGUUCUUCUUCUUGUUGCUUCAGAUGUUGAUGCAUUAUGUGCUUGUAAAAUACUCCAAGCUUUGUUUCAAUGUGAUCAUGUGCAAUACACACUCGUCCCAGUAUCUGGAUGGCAAGAGCUUGAAACUGCCUUUCUUGAGCAUAAAGACCAGUUCAAAUAUUUUGUUCUUAUUAAUUGUGGUGCCAAUGUUGACCUUCUGGAGAUCUUGCAGCCUGAAGAAGACAUUUUUUUCUUUGUAUGUGACAGCCACAGACCUAUCAACGUAGUGAAUGUUUACAAUGACACACAGAUAAAACUGUUAGUUAAACAAGAUGAUGAUCUCGAUGUUCCUGCUUAUGAUGAUAUCUUCAGAGAUGAAGAGGAUGAAGAAGAAGACUCAGAGAAUGAAAGUGAUGGGUCAGAACCUUCAGAGAAACGUAGACGUUAUGAAGAGGAUGUAAUAGAGAGAACAAUGAAAAGACGACAACGGCGAGAAUGGGAGGCACGCAGACGAGAGAUUCUUUUUGAUUAUGAGCAAUAUGAAUACCAUGGGACCUCAUCUGCCAUGGUGAUGUUUGAUCUGGCAUGGAUAAUGUCUAAAGACUUGAAUGACAUGCUGUGGUGGGCUAUUGUUGGCCUAACAGAUCAAUGGGUCCAAGACAAAAUCACUCAAAUGAAGUAUGUGACUGAUAUUGGAAUCCUACAGCGUCACGUGUCUCGCCAUAACCACCGCAACGAGGAUGAGGAAAAUUCUCUGUCAAUCGACUGCAUGAGAAUCGCGUUUGAAUACGAUCUGCGCCUGGCACUUUAUCAGCACUGGUCUCUAUAUGAAAGCCUCUGUAACACUUCAUAUACCUCUGCUAGCCUUAAGCUUUGGUCUGUACAAGGGCACAAGAGGCUCCAGGAGUUUUUGGCUGACAUGGGUUUGCCUUUGAAGCAAGUGAAACAGAAGUUUAAUUCCAUGGACAUAUCUUUGAAAGAAAAUCUUCGGGAAAUGAUUGAAGAAUCUGCCAACAAGUUUGGAAUGAAGGAUUUAAGAGUUCAGACCUUUAGCAUUCACUUUGGCUUUAAGAACAAGUUCUCAGCAAGUGAUAUAGUUUAUGCAACAGCUUCUCUCAUGGAGAAUAUAGAGAAAGAGGGGCCUGAAACAACUAAUUUUAUUAAAGCUUUGGACAGUCUCUCCAGGGGUAACCUGGACAAGCUGCACCAAGGACUGGACCUAGCUAAAAAGCAGUUACGUGCCAUUCAGCAGACAGUAGCCAGCUGUAUUUGCACCAACCUUGUCAUUUCUCAGGGGCCUUUUCUCUAUUGCUCUCUAAUGGAGGGCACACCAGAUGUGAAACUGUUUUCAAAACCAGUGUCUUUGUGCCUGCUUAGUAAAUACUUGCUGAAAUCAUUUGUUUGCUCUACAAAAAACAAGCGUUGUAAAUUGCUGCCACUGAUAAUGGCUGCACCAAUGGAUGUUGAACAGGGAACUGUGAUCAUGGUGGGGAUUCCUCCGGAGACAGAAAGCUCUGACAAAAAGAACUUUUUUGGAAGAGCAUUUGAGAAAGCUGCAGACAGCACCAAUUCCAGGACUUUACACAACCAUUUUGACAUGUCAAUAAUUGAAUUGAAAACAGAAGAUCGGAGCAAAUUUCUGGAUGCACUCAUUUCUCUCUUGUCCUAA